CAACACCUCCAAGUGUUUCAACUCUCAAGUAUAAAAGAAACAACAAAACGCUCAGAACUCCCAAACUCCAUCUAUAAAACGUUUCAGUCUUAACACUCACCUUUCUCGCAGACACAGUCUUCGUGCUCUCCGCCAUUCUCUUUUCUUUCUUUUUUUCUCUCAGAUCUCUUCUCUUUCUUUUUCGUUUUCAAUGGCUUCUGUUGCAGGAACUACUUCACUGUGCAUGACUUCUAUGUCUUGCUCUUUGAAACAUACCCAGGGCAGGAUCUCUAGUGUGAAUUCAGUUUCACUUCCCAUCAAUGGGAAAAGCUUCCCAUCUCUUAGGUCGCGGUCGGCACCUCGCUUCCGGGUUUCCUGUGCGGCAAAGCCAGAGACAGUGAAAAAGGUGUGUGAUAUUGUGAAGAAGCAAUUGGCACUACCAGAGGAUUCUACAGUUACUGGAGAGUCAAAGUUUGCGGCCCUCGGAGCUGAUUCUCUCGACACGGUUGAGAUUGUGAUGGGGCUUGAGGAGGAGUUUGGCAUUAGCGUGGAAGAAGAAAGCGCCCAGAGCAUCUUGACUGUUCAAGAUGCGGCAGAGUUGAUUGAGAAGCUCAUGGAGAAGAAUGCUUAAAAUGGUGUGGGGAAAGAGCAGCCGGAAAUCUACUUCAGUUUCUAUAAACCUUUUUAAUUUAUAGUUGAAUAUUUUCGUAAUGCAGUUGGUUUGGACUUUGAUUGGAUGUGGUUUUUUCUUUUGUGGUUUUUCGUUUGAUUAGAAGAACUGAAUAUGCUGGCAAUCUAUCAUAAACAUAUUCCAUUCUCCAAUUAUUCACCCUGUUUUUACUAUA